GCCGCCAGCCCAAAAAAAAAACAUGGCGGCGUCUUGUGCGCGAACCGUGGGAUCGUUUUUGGGAAAAUGUGGGAAUUGCAGCUCGAGUUUAAACACGAGCACGUCGCAGGUGAGCCGACAGGUCCUGAGCAGGCGGAUAUGCGUGAGCUCUGCCCUCCACAGAAAGAACCUGGCGGCUGAAGGGCCGCAGAAGUUCACGGCGGAGUUCAUCCAGAAGCAGGUGGAGGAGUUCAACAUCGGGAAGCGGCACCUGGCCAACAUGAUGGGAGAGGACCCCGAGAACUUCACCCAGGAGGACGUGGAUAGGAGCAUAGCCUACCUCUUCCCCUCCGGCCUGUUUGAAAAGCAAGCCCGGCCCGUCAUGAAGCAUCCAGACGACAUAUUUCCAAAGCAGAGCGCUGUCCAGUGGGGAGAGGACGGGCGGCCCUUCCACUUCCUGUUUUACACCGGCAAACCGUCCUACUACUCCGUGAUGCAUGAAAUAAACAGCAGAAUCCUGAAGUUGGAGAAGUUCCAAGAUAAUCUGAGAAUCAACCAACUCUUCGUAAAGGAGGGCAAGCAGAUCUCUCUCAGCUCAAGCAGGUGGCGCACAAAGGACGAACUGCAAUCAAUGCUGGUCGAGACCGUCUCCGAUCAUGACUACAAACGCUUCAUCCAGCUAAUGGAGCGCCUGGUGUCCAUGCCCUACUCCGGCGUAGAGGAGGAGUUUAUCCUGCCUUACCGCCAGCAACUGGGGGCCCAGUCCACGAAGGAAAUGGUGCCGCCGCUGGAGAAGGACGACAGGGGCGUGGCCUUCAGCACCGCAGAAGGUCGGAGGAAGUCGUCCACCUCUUCUGUUGUUCUCCGAGACUGCGGCUCCGGACGCAUCACCAUCAACGGCAUGGGAUACCUGGACUUCUUCCCCGCACUACAAGACAGAGAGCAGCUGAUGUUCCCGCUGCAGUUCAUGGGCGAGCUGGGACGCUUCGACCUGGAGUGCACCGUGAGCGGCGGCGGGCGGGCCGGCCAGGCGGGGGCGCUGCGACUCGCCAUCUCUCGGGCCCUGCUCAGCUUCCUGUCCGAGGGGGAGGGGGAGACCAUGAGACAAGCCGGUCUGCUGACCCCUGACCCGAGAGUGAGGGAGAGGAAGAAGCCGGGCCAGGAGGGAGCACGAAAGAAAUUCACCUGGAAGAAACGCUGAGGAACUCAAACAUAAAACAUUCAGACUAAAAACAUUGUGUUUCCCAGAGUCGCUUGUGUCCUCCUCGGUUCGUCCCUCGCAGGCCGCCAUUGUUUCUAAAAGCAGUUCAGACUCAACAAGCUGCAGUGAGCCUCUUCAGCCAGCAGAUGGAAGUGUGUGUCCAGGAAUAAAUGAGAAGGUUGAAUAUAUUUAUCAGUAUAUUAAACAAUAAAUCUGAUUAUUUUGACAGAA